UACGACUUACCGCAAGAGAACCAAUAUUAAACCUUUCUCAUAAAACUUUUUGUCAUAAAAUCUAAACUUCAAUUUUAUUUAAUCUAGUGUGGUUUGACGUCUACAGUCGGGCAAAUUUUCGAUGUAAUUUAUCUAAUUUAUAAGAUUUUUGUAUAAAAAUAUAAAUUAAAGUGUGAAUCAUGUCUUUUUUAACGGAAUAUUUCGACGAGUAUCGACAACAUCCUAUCAGGAAAACGAGAAUGUGUCGUCCAGAGGACAGAUGGGCAAAAUUAGAAGGCAAAUGGCUGGACCCAAAAGUUGGCACACAGGACAAAGAAUGGACAGACGAGGAGGUGGAAGCGUUCAUCAAGGAGACGAUGAAGAGCAUCCGAGGGCAGUCCACUUACUACAAUGAUUUUUGUGCGCAUCUCUCGGAAGAAUUCAAAGACCGUCCAUUCGAACCCCGCAUCAAGAAGCUGGUGCGCUGUUCAGAGCUCAACCAGAAGAAAGAGGAGGACAUUGAAAUACCGCAGAUCACUAAACUGGCGAUGAAGGACACUGAGCUCAUGAAGGGGGCCAAAGAGAUAUAUGAGUUGGAUCUGGACAAGCCGACGCUGCAACCGCUACCGACGCACAUGAGGAUAUACGGCUACGUGCGUCCAAGACUAUGGCACACAGGCAUCAGUGACUACCAGGGCGGCAUAGCUCGGCUGGCGUAUGAAAUGAUACGCGACGAUCGCAUACCCAGGUACCGCGCCCACAACGGCUGCCGGCCCAAGUGGGGCCUGCCGCCUGAAGCAGAGAGGCAGCCCGAGUUAGACGGGGCCCCGUAUGAUGGCGAGAGAUUGUAUUAA